AUGUCGAAAGUCGCAGGACGCACCGACUGGGCCGAGGAGGAGGACGAGGACCAGCUCGCUCUCCCGGCGCCCCAGGUCGUGAAGAACAAGGACGGCACCGAGACGUUCAUCAGCUACUACGUCCGCGAAGAUGGCAAGAAGGUCAAGACCACCCGCCGCAUCAAGAAGACGGUCGUCAAGCAGGUCGUGAACCCCCGCGUCGCCGAGCGCAAGCACUGGGCAAAAUUCGGCAACGAGAAGGGCAAGCCCGCCGGCCCGCAGACCGACACCACCAGCGUCGCCGAGAACAUCGUCUUCCGCCCCCAGGCCAACUGGAAGGCCGCCGCCGAUGACAAGAGCGAGCACGAGAAGAAGAAGGCCAACCUGAAGGACGCCAAGAUCAAGUGUCGUAUUUGUUCCGGCGACCAUUGGACCACCAAGUGUCCCUUCAAGGACACCAUGGCCCCCGAGGGCGAGCCCGGCGCCGGCCCUGGCGACAUGGACGAGCCCGAGGCUGCUGGCGCCCUGGGUGGCGGCACCUCCAGCUACGUUCCGCCCCACCUCCGUGGCCGCGCCGGCGCAACCGGCGAGAAGAUGGGCGGCAAGUUCGAGCGGGACGAUCUGGCGACGCUCCGUGUCACCAACGUCAGCGAGUUCACCGAGGAGCAGGACCUGCGCGACAUCUUCUCGCGCUUCGGUCACGUCACCAGAGUCUUCCUGGCCAAGGACAGGGAAACCGGCCGUGCGAAGGGCUUCGCGUUCGUCAGCUUCGCGGACCGCGACGACGCCAGAGUGGCGUGCGAGAAGGUGGACGGCUACGGAUUUGGCCAUCUUAUUCUGCGCGUCGAGUUUGCGAAGAAGUCUACUUAG